AUGUGUCUUGGUUCCUUCAAGUUUUGGAAGAAACGCCAGAAGGACCCGGAAGAACCUUUAACUCAUUCUCGACCACAACUCCAAACGAAUUCCUCCCCCAUCGCCCCCGCCGCUUCUGUUGUCCCAAUUGACUCAGACGCUUCCGUUGCCACCGUCGCUCCGGUCGAAUCUACGCCAAAUAUCGUUGCUGAACUCCAGGAACGACUUUGGAACCAAGCAUACAAUGAAUUUAAAGACAAAGAAUCCGACCUUGUUGCAGCCUAUGAAGGACUGAUAUCUUCAAAGGCCCCGUACAUGGAAGACAAUCAACAAACCAAUACACUUUCGCCGCAGGAGAAAUGGGACCAGAUGAGGAAGACCGCCGAAGAAGGCCUGCAGACAACAGAAAGAAGUACAGAGAUACAAGGAAAAAUUCACGGAGUCUUCGAAUACGCGGCCCCUAUCAAGGGAAUCGUAGAUCGAAUCAUGCCAUCUGUGCCUCAAGCUCAAGUACCUUGGCUUGCUGUGUCUUUGACAUUUGAAAUAUUCUCCAAACCUUUCAAGGAACCCGGGAUCAAUCGUACAGGUCUGUUAGAUGUGAUAUCCAAGACACAAGAGUAUAUGAGCCUGUCAGACUAUCUUGUGGAUGACAAUGGUCUGCAGUCAGAUCUGCAUCGCAAACUCGAGAAGGACACCGUUCAGCUUUACCAGACACUGCUUUCCUACCAGAUCAAGAGUAUCUACUGUUUCCACAAAAACGAACUCAAGAGAUUUGUCAGGAACGUCUUCAAGGUGGAUGACUGGAGCAGUCAGCUGGACGCCAUCAAGACUGCCGAGGCGCUCUCGUCUGACGCGCAGAGCUCUCUCAAGGCACUCACAGAGAUGUCAAUGGGGGUGCGUCGCUUGAUCCGAGACCAACAAGAGAGAGAAAUCGAAAAGGACAACAAAGAAUGCCGGCAGCAUCUGAAGCGGACAGACCCUUCGCUUGACAAAGAGAGAAUUCUCGAUACAAAGGGAAACCUUCUUCGAGAGUCAUACGGCUGGGUCAUCGAUCAUCCCCAGUUCCAGGACUGGAAGACGAAUGUGCACCACCGUCGACUAUGGAUCAGAGGAGACGCUGGUAAAGGCAAAACAAUGCUCCUGUGCGGCAUUAUCGAGGAGUUGGAAAAAGAUCCUUUCCAUCGGCUAUGCUACUUCUUUUGUCAAGCCACAGAUGAGAAGUUGAGGGACGGGAAGUGUGUUUUGCGCGGUCUACUUUUCCAUUUGAUCAAACAAUAUCCGUGGCUCAUCUCACACGUUCGGAAGGACUACGACGAUAGCGGAGUGAAACUUUUCAACGACCACAACGCUUGGCAAGCCCUUCGGAAGAUUUUUCUAUCAGUAUUGAAUGACAAGAGUCUCGAAGAAGUCACCAUAAUCGUGGAUGCACUUGAUGAAUUUAAGAGGUUCAUCGACAACAGGGUUGCAACUCUGGCCAAGCCAGAACCCUUUCAACACAACCCGGACAUCUGCGACGAAAUUACCAAACAUCUCACCGACAACGCAAACAAUACUUUCCUUUGGGUAGCAUUGGUAUUCCAGGAGUUAUCAAAGGGCACGGUCGAGCGCAUAGGCCAUGUGAAAGCCAUCCUCAAGAAGUCGCCUCCAGGUCUCGAUAACCUAUACGAUCAAAUGUUGGAAACCAUUCGCAGGGAGUCACGAGAUUUCGAGAUUUGCAUAGAGAUACUAGCGGCCAACUCGGUUGUAACACGCCCUGUGUCUAUAGAUGAACUGCUUUGCAUCCUGGACGCGAACGUCGCCUCUGAACUCAAUGUUAUGGAUUUGGAGCGAAUUAUCAUAUCAUGCGGCUCGUUCCUCCAUCUGCAAAAGAGCGUCGUCUACUUUAUACACCAGUCUGCCGUGGAUUUCCUUCUUAAGGACGAGUUGUCUAGGUUUCCGAGAAUCCCAGACUGGCAUCGUGCAGUAUUUCAGAACGCAUUGCAUACGCUUCGCGCAUCCCCCUCACUUAAACGCGAUAUCUACAACUUGGAAGAGCCUGGACUGACAAAGAAAGAUGUCAAGACGCCCGACCCUGAUCCACUGUUACCCAUUUGUUAUUCCUGCAUUCAUUGGGUUGACCACCUGCGAGUGUAUCUAUUGCCAGACGGAAGAAAAGAACAUUUAGGAUCAGAACCUGUGGAAGACGUAUCAUUAGUCUAUGCCUUUCUGAACAUCAAGUUCCUAUUUUGGAUCGAGGCUCUUAGUCUACUCCAAAAUGUCCCACAGGCUAUUAAAUCGACCCAAAAUCUACAAAUGUUACUUUCACAUGCGCCGAAAUGGGUCACAGCAGCAUCUGGUCUGGAUUCAACCUGGGAUCCAUGUUUGCAGACUCUAAAAGAGCAUCAGGGUAAUCUGACCACCGUAGCUUAUUCCCCUGACGAUAAGUGGUUGGUUUCUGGAUCUAAAGACGGCACAGUCAAGCUCUGGGAUGCAGAGAGUGGAACUUGUAUUCACACAUGCACUCAUCAAGGCGACGAGGGUCGAGAUACCCCAACAUAUCAUACCACAUUUUCGAAUGACGGCAAAUCGUUUGUGUCAGCUUCUAAGGACGGGAACGUGGCGAUUUGGGAUCUGUCAACAGGAAAUCUUAUCUCCAGGCAACGGGCGCAUAAGGUCGAAACAUGGACCAUGGCAAUGUCUUCAGACGGCUGCACCUUUGCCUAUUUACUAACCAGGACCAUAGUUCUGAUAUGGGAUAGAAACACAAGCAUAUCUUUUCGCAUAUUCUCAUAUCCCGAAGAAGCCGUCUCAUUAGCUUUGAGUCCAGGUGGUGAAUACCUUGCUGCGAUUAAUGGCCAAGGCUGCAUGGUCCGGAACACUUUGAACGGCAACCUAACGAUGUUGACUUCAAAUUAUGGCCCGUCUUCGGCUACUUGGUCAACAGAUGGAUUGUUUCUUGCCUCAGCAGGCAGAGAUGGCUUCAUCGAGGUUUGGGAAUGGCAUGCUGGCCAGAGCAAUCCGAAACUAAGAGUCCAAGGGAAAUCGAACUAUCCAAUAAGGUACAUCACCUGUAUGGCGUUCUCGUCCGACACAUCGUUACUGGCGGCAGGCACACCUAACGAUAUCUUCAUUUGGAAAGUCGAGACGGGCGCUUUAGCAUGGGCUAUUAAUGAUGUCUCACAGAUUACAUCGACAUCUUCCUCAAGUGACAACCUGCACCUCCUAUCGGGAUGUGAGGGUUACAUGAUCAAGAUUUGGGAUCUAUCAAAGUCUCAUGAAAGCAGAUCGAGACCCAGCUCUAGAGAUUUGCUAAACCUUCAUUGGUCUGAUACUGAUCGAUUCACGGAAUAUUUUCCCGACAUAGGUGAAAUAAGAGUCUAUGGAAAACACACAUCCAUUGGAUUACGUGAAGUGCAUCCGGAAGUCUUUGCAAUCUCACGGGACGGCCAACAGCUGGCAUCCGUCUCUGUUACUGGACUCAAAAUAACAAUUUGGGAUACUCAGACUGGCAAAGUACUCAGGGAGUUGGAUCAUAACAUAGAGGAAGCUGUUUUCGACUCUGAGAGCUCCGAAAGUAUCGAGGAGCGUAAGAUUCAGCGCUUAGCUAUCUGGUCCCGAUUCAGCAGAUAUCUUUUUCCAAACUCGUUAGCAUUCGGCGAUACUUUUCAACUUGCAUCAAGUGUUUUGGGAUUAAUCAAGAUCUGGAACACAUCUGAUGGCAGUUGUUUGAACAGUCCAGACCUAGGCGAUAGUCGUAGCAGUAUGAUUGUAUUUUCGAAGACAGGACGGUGGCUUGCUGCUCUAUCAUACAGUUACGAAUUCAACACUACAACAAUCAAGCUGUGGGAUACGACCAGUCGGAACUGUAUGACGAUAAAACCCCCCGGCGAUAGAGUUUUCGAUGGCAUCAAUGCCCUCAGCUUUUCAGCUGAUAGCCUACUGCUUGCAGCCAGUGCAUAUAAUUUCGGAAACGCAGUGGCAUACAUAUUCGAUCUGAGCUCAGGGGACAUUGUAUGCCAGUUCGCAUACAAACAGUUUAGAUCAACUCCUGCGCAAUUUGACAGCAACAAUGAACAACUUCUCCAUACCGAACAUGGAUUCUUCAGCAUGGAAGACGCAAUAGUUGAAGGACGAAGAAAGGAUCUGCUCCACGGUUAUAGUCUCGACUAUGACGGACGUGACCAAUGGAUCACGCUGAACGGGGAAAAGAUAUUAUGGAUUCCCGAUGGAUCCAAGUUUUCUAAGUAUUACGACAUGAGCCCUUUCAUUGAUGGUUCCAGAGUCAUAUGGACAAGAGAGACAAAAGGUCCAGUGCAGUUGUUCUUUACUGCACGAGACUGA